AUGGACUCGAUUGCGGCGAAUUAUCCAUCAGACGAAAGUGACAGCGAUUCUGGCGAAGUUCAGCUUUCUUUAGAGGCCCCACUUGCCCGUAUACCAGCCGAGGUCAUUGAGAAAUACAAGCUUGAACCCAACACAUCGAAAUACGAAGAUAUGUCGCUAGGUGGGCUGCGAGCGGGAUCCCAGAGAUGGUGUACUUUCCUGUAUUAUGAAUGGAGGCCGAGCCGCCUCGAGAGGGCGCAACUGAUGCAAAUUGUAACCAGAAUCAACGAUUUUUGCCAAAAAGGCAAUAUGGCCCUUACAAGACAGUUGCACUUCGAACCGUUGUGUCUGAGCCCAUUGGGAGCGCCUCUCAGUCUACAUAUCUCCCUGUCGCAGUCAAUUGUUUUCGAGCGUGAAGCUGAGCGGGAAUUGCUUUAUGAUAAGCUGAAGGAGAGGAUACGCAGCGCUUCACGACUGAAGUCGUUUACGAUGAAGUUCCAACCAACGUUGGAAUUACUGCCCUCCUUUGGCAAGGAUACGCUUUUCCUUGCGCUGCCAGUGAGCGCAGCUCUCAAGAGCACAGAGAUGGCGUCUAUCAAUAACAUAAUACACGAGGCCGCAGCCGAGACCUUCCCAGGCAAAACCGGCAAGGAAAUACAGGGCCUCACAUGCAUGCCUGCGACGACGCAUAUGUCGAUCGCCCUGGCUGCCAACGUUCCAAAAUCCGUGCUGGAGAACUUGAAUUUCAUUUCGACAUUGCUCCCGAUGGAGCUGGAGGAUGCCGCAUCAUUCGAAUUCCCGGUCUCUGGUCUAAAAUUCGACAAGAAUCGACAGAUUUUAAGCAUACCGUUCAACUGA